UCCAUUCCAUCCCCUUUCAUAUCAGCAGCUUCUUCUCUUCCGUUCCGAUUCCGCCAUUGAUUCCGAUUCCCCCUUCCUUCCAUCUCCUCUCUCCUUCCCAAUCCUCCUCCUUCUUCAUCUUCUCCUGAAUCGAUUCGAUUGUUUUUCAUUGCAGUUACCAUUGCCGUUAAGCAGAGGAGAUCGUACUGAACUGAACUGAGCAAUCGAUCGGAAAACCUUCCGUUUGCCGCCAUUACCGAAGCUUUUUUUUUUUUUUUUUUUUUUUAUCUCCGGCUAGGACACAAUGAUCUCCGCCACCGACCUCUACCACGUCCUCACCGCCGUGGUCCCCCUUUACGUCGCCAUGAUUCUCGCGUACGGAUCCGUGAAAUGGUGGAAGAUCUUCACGCCGGAUCAGUGCUCCGGAAUCAACCGCUUCGUGGCGCUCUUUGCCGUCCCGCUCCUCUCCUUCCACUUCAUCUCCACCAACAAUCCUUACGCCAUGAACUUCCGCUUCAUCGCCGCCGACACUCUGCAGAAACUCAUCGUCCUCGCCGUCCUCGCCGUGUGGUCCUGGACCAGCUCCAAUGGCUGCCUCGAGUGGUCAAUCACACUCUUCUCCCUCUCCACGCUCCCCAACACGCUCGUGAUGGGAAUCCCCCUCCUCAAGGGGAUGUACGGCGACUUCUCCGGCAGUUUAAUGGUCCAAAUCGUCGUUCUACAGUGCAUCAUUUGGUAUACCCUAAUGCUCUUCCUCUUCGAGUUCAGAGGCGCUCGAUUGCUCAUCGCAGAGCAGUUCCCCGACACCGCCGCCUCCAUAAUCUCCUUCAGAGUCGAUUCCGAUAUCAUCUCUCUGGACGGUAAGGAGCCUCUGCAGACCGAAGCUGAGGUCGGAGAAGACGGUAAGCUUCACGUCACUGUGAGGAAAUCCACAAGCUCCAGAUCGGAGGUUUUCUCCAGAAGGUCCCAUGGCGGAUUGACGCCGAGGCCGUCGAAUUUAACCAAUGCUGAGAUUUAUUCCUUGCAAUCGUCGAGGAAUCCAACUCCUAGAGGUUCGAGCUUCAACCACACCGAUUUCUACUCGAUGGUGAAUGGGAAGAACAGUGUUAGUCCGAGGCAAUCGAAUUUUGGGAACUUAGGGUUUGAUGAAGAAAACCAGUCGAAAUAUCCUCCUCCUCCUCCUGCUCCUCCUGCAAGUGUUGGAAUAUUCUCUCCUGUUUCAGGUGCUAAAAGGAAGGUUAAUGGAGGAUCUGAAACCGCCAUGGCUAAGGACCUUCACAUGUUCGUUUGGAGCUCGAGUGCUUCCCCUGUAUCUGAAGGUGGAAUUCAUGUCUUCCGUGGAGGUGAUUAUGGUAAUGAAAUUAAUGUUGGAGCUCCUCCCAAAGAUUACGACAAUUUCGGUUGCGACGAGUUUAGCUUCGGAAAUAAGCGAGGUUUAAACGGGGCUGAGGUAGACGGCCCGACAUUGUCGAAGCUCCGAUCGAGCUCCACGACGGAGCUUCACCCGAAGCCGAGCGCAGACCCAAAGCCGAAGCCAGCAGCAAUGCCCCCGACAAGUGUCAUGACGCGGCUAAUUCUCAUUAUGGUGUGGCGAAAACUCAUCCGCAAUCCCAACACCUAUUCGAGCCUCAUCGGCCUCUCAUGGUCCCUAAUUUCGUUCAAGUGGAAUGUCGCGAUGCCGGCUAUUGUUGCCAAGUCGAUAUCUAUAUUGUCCGACGCGGGUCUCGGAAUGGCCAUGUUUAGUCUCGGUUUAUUUAUGGCAUUGCAGCCGAGAAUAAUCGCGUGUGGGAAAUCCGUCGCGGCUUUCUCGAUGGCCGUUCGGUUCCUCACCGGGCCGGCAGUUAUGGCCGCCGCCUCCAUCGCUGUCGGCCUCCGCGGCGUGCUCCUCCACGUUGCCAUUGUGCAGGCAGCUCUUCCACAAGGGAUAGUCCCAUUCGUCUUUGCCAAGGAAUACAAUGUCCAUCCCGACAUCCUCAGCACUGGGGUUAUAUUUGGGAUGCUGAUAGCUCUCCCCAUCACACUAGUCUAUUACAUUCUGUUGGGUCUCUGAUCAACAUACAACAAACAACAAAAAGUGAAAUCCCCAUUUUGCCCUUGAAGAAAAUCAGGUUAUUAUUAUUAUUAUUAAUUAAUUAGGGAAGGUAGUAGGUGGGUGGGAUUGAUUUUGAUUGUAGUGAAGUGUAGUGUAGGUCAGUAGGUGUAGGGGUGCAGUGGGAAAUAGAGAAUUUUCUUUUUCUUGUCCUUUUGUCCCCUCUUUUCUGCUUCUAUAUGUCUUUUUCCUUUUAUUAUUAUUAUUAUCAUUUUAACUUUUGCACUUACUUUACAUCAAUCAAUCGAUCUGCAAGAAAAC